AGCACAUUUCUUCAUUAAAAAUUAAUAUUGUAAAGCUUAUUUAUUCUCAAUCACACUCUCCAGGGAUACAGUUGGAUUACAUAAAACUGACCAUUUAUUCUGGUUAACCUUAAUACAUAGCUGUCAAGUCUCCCGUUUUGGCCGGGAAACUACCGUAUUUUAACCUCUUUCCCGCCGUCCUCCCGUAUUAGUAUUCUCCCGUAAAUCUCCCGUAUUACAAUUUAAUAAUAAAAAAAACAUUCCUCUGCUUCUUUCUCUGAAUUAUGUCACUAGCCUCGCGAGAACUGCCACCUGCAGUAGCCUGGGUGGCAGUUGUCGCGAUAUUAGUGCCGACGGCGGGAACAAACCUGGAACAACAAAGGAGAGAAAUGGAUAGAUGUGACGAAAGGGAAGGCAUUCCUGCCAGAAAAAGAAAGACAUCGUGCAAAUAUCUUGAAAAAUGGGACAGCGAAUUUUCUUUUCUAAAGAAGAGCAGGAUGGGGCACAGUCACGCGUUUUGUAAGAUUUGUAACUGCGAUUUAAUGUCUCCCACGGGGGGAAGGAACGACAUCAGUCAGCAUGAAAAAUCGACCAAGCACAAGCGCUGGCUAGAGGCACAGAAACAUGCCCAGGUCAUAAAUGCGGAGGUUAAAAUGGCAAUGCUGUGUGCCAAAAACAAUGUUGCUUUCAACUUCUGUGAUGACUUCAAUAAGUGUGUAGCUGAAAUGUUCCCGGACUCUGCUAUCACACGGAAAUUCUCGGCGGGAAAAACCAAGCCUACCAACUUAUCAAAGGUGCCAUAGCAACAGAGCUAGAUGACGAGUUGGCCAAAACAUGCCGAUCUCAGCCAUUUUCUGUGAUGUGCGAAGAAUCGAACAACAGAAAAGGAAAUAAAGAAUUUGUUAUCCUAACUAGACUCUACGAUGAGGCCACUCUGCAGGUCCUUACAAGAUUCAUGGAGAUGUCUGUAUGCAACGUGGGAAAUGCAGAAAAUCUGUAUGAAAAACUCAGUGAAGCACUAAGAAAAAGGGGCAUCCCAUGGGAGAACCUGAUAGCCUUUAACUCUGAUAAUGCGAGCGUCAUGAAAGGCAGACACAACUCUGUUAUCAGCAGACUGAAACAGAGCCAGCCCCACAUCCAGGACCUCGGCUGCAUCUGCCACCUGGCACAGCUGGCCACUGGCUGUGGCAUCAGAGCAGCCCAGGUACCGGUGGAAGACAUCCUGGUGGGGAUAUACACCCACUUUGAUAAAAGUGCAAAAAAAUGUGAACUCUACAAAGGGUUUGUAGAUUUCACUGAUUCAGACCACCUGAAGCUCCUCAGGUACUGCAGCACCAGAUGGCUGAGUCUGCUAACCUGCAUCCAGAGAGUGUUGAACCAGUGGGAUGCACUACAGAUAGGGAUGGCCUACUUCAACAGUCAUGAGGAGGUGGAGAGGAGUGCCAAAGUGCGCGAUCUAGCAAGCCACGUGCGUGAUCCAAUUGUGAAGGCUUACUUCAUGUUCCUGAGUGCUGCCCUUAAGCCUUUAUAUGAAUUUAAUAUUGUCUUCCAGUCAGAGGCCGUGCAGAUUCACAGACUUGAAGAGGAGAUGUGCAGGCUGAUCAAGAGGAUCCUGGGGUUCCUCAUACCAGCCAGGGCCAUCAUGGGUGUACCUCUCAAGGAGGUGGAGUAUGGAGAAGCACAUCAGUUGCCUGACGAAGAGCUCUUUAUAGGAGCAGAAACAAAGGCGUUCAUGGCAAGGAAAGAGCUCCCUGUGUCAGCGGAGAAGAAAAUCUUUCAAUCUGUGAGAAGAUUCUAUGAAGCAGUGCUUCAGAAGAUGUUCUCCUCCUUUCCUCUUGACCAUCCACUCCUGAAGGACAUGAAAGUGCUGGACCCUGCUGCUCGCCUUGACAUUACUCCAGGGACAGGUAGAUGUUAGAGUCAGUUCCUCAUUGAUUAAAUGAAUA